UUUCCUCUGUUCUGCUUCAUCCCUACGCCAUCUCUCACUCUCCAACCCGCAGUGUGCCUCGUCUUCUUCAUAGCACAGGGCUGAUAACCAAGAGAUCCUAGUUCGAUCAAAUACGACAGCCAUGGCUGCUCAUAGCAACAACAUCAAUAGCAACAAUCAAAACCCUUAUAUUAACGUUACUCCAAUUCCCAAUUCCCCCGCAAACAACAAGAGUUCUAAUCCUAUGAAUACUAUAUACGGUGUGUUAAAUCGGUGUGGCAAGACGGUUGAGAAGGCAACUAAGCAAGCAGAGGACAUGGCUGACAACUUCUGGAAACACAUCAGGUUGGGCUCAAAUCCAGCUGAUGCAGCAAUGGCCAGACUUUUUCAAGGAACAAAAGUGCUGACAUAUGGAGGGUAUGAUAUAGUAUUUGAGAAUACAUUUGGGAUAAUGCAAGGAGAGAAGCUGUUAAAGCAAUAUGCUUGUUACAUAUCAACAUCCAAUGGACCUAUAAUUGGAACACUCUACAUAUCAACAAAAAGAUUAGCUUUUUGUAGUGACUAUGCACUCUAUUAUUACCCAGUCUCACCUCAUAAUAGUCAACCCAUAUACUACAAGGUGGUAGUUCCAAUAGAACAGUUGAGCAGGGUGAGUCCUUGCUCAAGUAGAUGGAACCCUUCAGAAAAAUACAUAGAAGUUGUCACAGUGGAUGGUUUUGAAUUCACUUUCAUGGGUUUUAUAGCAUACAACAAGGCUCUCAACACUCUUAGUGAGGCCUUACAACGAUGUCGCACCCAUUCCACUGGAGAUUGAAUGCUCUCUUGUUGUAACAAUGUACUUGCCUGAUAAAAACACACUACUUUAUCAAAUGUAAGGGAUUUGAUAUUUCUUUAAGAA